AGGGGAGGUGGGAUGUGCUCGCCCCCGCCGGCUCAGCAUGGAAGUGAUCCAGAUCAUGAGGGCUGGACUACAUCCAGGUAUGAAAAAAAACAAAGUGGCAGACUGAUCAAGGGGGAGCUCUCCACCGGAGAGCGCACAGCCGCGGCGCGCGUUCAGGCGCAGAAAGGGACGGGAGGAUUCCAGAUCGGUGCCAGACGCACCGACAUUCUGUUCUCUACAAGUUCCCCUGCGUUCCUGUUUGGUUUUCACUUUCCAGAAAACUAAUAACACGUGAACGUGUAUGAGGUUUUAAUCGUGGAUAUUUUUUUUUUACGCGGAGUUGGAAUACAUGGAUUAAGGGGGGGAUUGUUCUCGACGCGCAGAAGUCAGAAUCUGGACAAACUUCUCCCGGGAUUGUUUGUUGCGCAGGAGCUUGGAGUCGGAGCGCGUCAAAACUCGUCCGUUGCGACUUUGUCUGAAGUUUUUCCCCCCAUUCCCAGAGAUGGUGGGGCACCUACAUUUACAAGCGAUGGAUGAUAGCCUGAAAGGAAAGAACCGGGAGGGGCUGCUCGACAGCCCGGACUCCGGGCUGCCCCCCAGCCCCAGCCCGCCCUUCUGCUCCCUCUCCCCGGCUCUGCUGGAGCCGCGCUCCGGCAGCUGCACGACGCCCGUGGAGAGCCAGAGCCACCAUGGAUGGUGCAGAAAGGAGAGCAGAGAGGGCAAACUGCUCCCUUACCUGCUGCUGAACGCCGCGGGAACGGACCCCAAGGCUCGCAUGCAUCCAGUGUUCUUCGGAGAGAGCAUCGAGGUCAACCCCAAACCCCAGCAGGAGAUCAAGUGCAACUCGGAGGUGAAGUACGACUCCGACAAGCACUACCGAGACCGGGUGGUGUGCGCCCCGGUGCCCACGCCCACCUCCUUCAGCGAGACGGUGGUGGCGGUGCGGAACUGCACCUGGAGGAGCUACAAGAGCCAGGUGUACCUGGAGCCGCGGCAGAGGCCGGUCAAGUACCAGAGCACCACCAUCAUCUACCCCAAACACGCCAAGAACACUUACCGCACCACGCUCAACUACAACGCCGCCGGCUCCCGCCGCUGGUUCGUGUCCACGGUUCAGCUGGAGUCCAGCGAGGACACGAGUCCCUGCAUCAUCUACACGGAGGACCUGUAGAGCCGAGUUACGUGCUCAUCAUCUGCUUGUUUUGUUUGCUUUCUUUUCUUUUUUAAAUCAUUUUGUUGUUGUUGGAACUUGGAGAAGCCGCUCUGGAAGGGAAAUACCCGGAGCCGCUCGCCACCCGACCUCCAAACUCUGGGAACUCGUCACAGAUAUUUCAUCCGAGUGUGUUUAGAGUUCAUGCUGCUGCCGUCUCUGAAAGUGUCUGAGAACCGCGCGGCGGUGAUUUAUCGUCUUAUUUAACUCAGGAGAUGACAAACUGGGAGCGCCUCUGACUUUACCCUCAUCCGAUCAUAAGUGUCCGUGUACGUGCAGGUCAAGUGGAGACGAGGAGCAUCUGGGAUUUCAGGUGAACCUGAGCAAACGCAGUCACUCCGAUGCAAAGCUUUAUAAAAACGGCUUGGUUGCACUUGUUUUCUAUACGUCCCGGUCCUCCCAGAAGACGUGGCGUUGCAGUGGGGAAUGUCUGUGCUACCCGUGAAAAAUUGGACCAAAGAUAGCCUGAACUGUUUAUUUCCCUCUUGUCUCGGCACGCACGAGACACGAAGCUUCCAGGACUCCAUGUAACUGCGGCGCAUUUUGUUUUAACGAGAGACGGGACUGGAGACGGAGCUCAGCGGGAUGAUAAAACUGGCUGAAAAAGCUUCUGAACACUCUGAACCGUCAGAUAUCAGCAGCUUGUAGCGUGAUGUGAAUACUCUUGAUGGUAGGCUCUUACUUGGUCUCACCAAAGCAAUACUGCUUGGGUUUAGAUAAAAAUGUUAGCUUUUAUUUAUUACAUUUGGAGCUGUUAUUCAUCAGGACUGUGCAGAACAAGGCCUUUCAAAAAGGUGGCAAUCAUUGAACCAUUUAACAGUUUUCCAUCAGUGCAAAUAUUAAUCUUCAACCCGCCUUGAUGAUGUAUCCUGGACUCUGCACCUCGUCUUCUUCUGCAGGAUUCAACAGUCAUAACUAUUUCCUGAUGCAGCUUUUCUGGUGAUUUAUGGCUGCGUACAGUCGGUGUCAGCGUGCUUCUGCUCCGUCUCAAAAUGUGGCAAAACGUCCCUGAAUGGGAAGAAAGCAGCCGUUCAUAAAUCCAUCAGCAGGUUUGAGCGCCAAGUGCCUCCCGGCGAGUUCUCAGCUCGUGAUAACGAUGCACCGUAAACACUGGCGGGAAGUCUUAGCCGGUGGAAACGCCUCUGAUGGAGCUCAGAUGUAAACACCAGGAAGUCAGAGAUUGGACCGUGAGCUGACAGGUUGUCACCUUUUAACUCACAAGUAAAAAAACUAUUCAGGCUUAAUCACACACACAUCACAUGGAACUGCAGCCGUUUUCAAUCAGAACAUCAAUCUCUACAGUCCUCCACGUGUAAAUACUCAAACUAUGACGUUUCCCUGAAUUUGAUUUCCAAGCUUAAGAUGUAAGACUUUAAUUAUUUUUUUGUACUUUGUGUCUGUUUUAUAUAUAUAUAUGUAUGUAUAAAUACAUAUGUAUGUAUAUAUAUGUAUGUAUGUGUAUAUAUGUAUACAUAUAUAUAUAUAUGUAUGUAAACUAGGGCUGGGCGAUUUUUGGACAAAAAUAAAAUCCAGAUUUUUUUCUCUGAAAACCCGAUUUUCGAUUUCGAUUUUUUUUGGUAAAACUACAAAAGACAAUGGAAUAAAUUGUUUCAAAUAUUUUAUCUUUAUUUUUUAAAGAAAAAUAGCAAAAAAAUGUCCCUAUUGGGAAUGAAGUGCAAUUGAAAGAUACUGUAAAUCCUCCUUGAGUUUAGUAAAGUGACAACAUUUACAAUUUUCUUGACCAAACAAAGAUGACUAGACGAGCUCUGUCUGUAAUGGAAAAUCGAUUUUCCGAUUUUCCUUUUUUUAACAUGGUCUUGAUUAAUAAAUCCAAUGUAGAUUUAAAAUCGAUUAAUCGCACAGCCC